CCUCUUUUUUUGUUGAAUAAUUCACAAUGGGCUGCUGUGGCACUUUCCUCCUCUUCUUGAUCUCGUUCUUCCUACCUCCAGUGGGUGUCUUGAUCGUGGCUGGCUGCGGCCAAAUCUUUCUGCUGAACAUCCUUCUGACGUUGCUUGGAUGGAUUCCUGGCGUAAUCCACGCUUUCUAUAUCAUCGGAACCCGGCAGCACCCGGCUCCAAAUAUGGCAUAGCGAAGCUGCUCAAACGUGUCAUUGUUGAAGGUUGCUCCACAUCCCACUACAUGUUGAAUAAACCGAAAACGUCAAAUACAUUAAAAACAAAACAACAAAAUAAAGCGAGACAAUUAAAACCA